CAUCGCUCAGGCGGGCGGGAAGUGGGGGCGACUUAGGCCGUGUGCCCGGCGCACGGCCCGUCCGUGUUUGAAGAGCCUCCAGAAAUCAGGUAGAUCCGAGCAGCCGGGAAAGGUUACCUAGGCACCUACCUCGUUUGAUAAACCUCAAUCCCUUGAUUUGGUCCCGCGGUAGAUCUCUCAAUAGCGGUGCCUUAUAUUCUCACGAGACUCACGAGAUCAACAUUGUCCGCAACACCGAAUACCACGACCUCGCUAUACUCUCAGCUCUAUCCUCGUCUCCGACCAGAAACAUCCGCCCAAGAUGGAGCCUCGUGCUCGAGCUGGCAAAAAUGUCGGCAAGAUGAACUUCAACUACAACGAGCUUGCCCAGCUCCUCUACGGCCACGGCGACGCCAAGAACCCGCUGCCGGACACGGUACGGGUGCUGGACGAGAUCACGACCGACUUCAUCCAGGGGGUGUCGUUCGAGGCGACGCGGGCGGCGCAGCACGCGGGGCGGCAGAAGCUCAAGUUCGAGGACUUUGAGUUCGCGAUGCGCAAGAACUCGCUCUACAUGGGCAAGGUGCAGGAGGUGUUUGAGAAGAAGCGCGAGAUCGAGCGCGCGCGCAACAUCAUCAACGACGAGGACCAGAUCCUGCGCGACGCGAACCGCGCCGAGAAGGUGGCCCUCCGGAGCGAGAGGCGCGCCGCGAAGACGGCCCAGGCCAGGCAGGAGGAGGAGCUGGGCGAGGCUGACGACGAUGCCGAUGCCGAGGCUGAGACCCUUGGGACGAAGAGGAGGUGACCUUGCAGGGGGGAGGUGUACGGGUUGCUACUGAGACGGACGGGGCGAUGGCGGAGUCCCUGGGAAGAAGAACCAUGGUCUUCUUUUUUGGUUGUUUGUAUUUUACAUCAUUAUGGCUUUGGUGGCUUCGUGCAUGGCGCAGGCGUUGGCCGGUCUACAUUCCCAAUCUGGUGGGAGUUGGAGAAGGUAUGAUUACCAUGCCUGCCUAGGAAUGCAUUUACGGAUAGCAACCGGUUGCCUCAUUCAAUCCUUCCUCAUGGUCUCGAUUGAUCAAGACCAGGCCUGGA